AUGUCAAAAUCAAUCCUAUUCCUUUCACCUACCAUCAUCUCGGGUGACCCUUCCAUCCAGCCAUACGAAGCCGAUGUCCUCAUCAAAGACGGUAUCAUAUCGAAAAUUUCCCCUCCAGGCAGUAUACAGGUCACAAACGAGACUGAUAUUAGAAAGAUCGACUCCAAGGGCUGGGUGCUGUCACCUGGAUUCAUUGAUUUACAUGCUCACUCCGAUUUGUACCUCCUCACUCAUCCUGAACAUGAAGCUAAGAUAAGUCAGGGAUGUACGACCGAAGUCAUAGGUCAAGAUGGUAUAUCCUAUUCACCGAUCGAUAACCCCAAACAACUCACCGCCAUAAGAGAACAGAUAGCAGGAUGGAAUGGGAACCCUUCUCCUGAAGAUUACCCCAAUUUGGGUCUAUUCGAAUGGAAAUCUGUGAAAGAGUAUCUGGAUUGUUUGGAAAGGAAUAAAACUGCUACAAAUGUCGCUUAUUUGGUUCCUCAGGGGAACCUUCGAUUACUCGCGUGUGGACCUUGGGAUCAGGUGGCUACCCCGGAAGAGAUCAAGUCGCAAGAGGAGGAACUGAGAAAAGCUAUGAAGGAAGGUGCGGUAGGGAUGUCAAGUGGUCUCACUUACACACCUGGGAUGUACGCGUCGACGUCCGAACUCGGGUCCUUAUGCCGAGUAUUGGCCAAAGAGUUCCCAGGUGCCUACUAUGCGCCUCAUCAUAGGAGUUACGGGUUCAAGGCUAUCGAGAGUUAUGCUGAGAUGUUAGGUCUCGGAAGGAUGACCGGAUGUCCAAUACACCUCACCCACGCCACGCUUAAUUUCACAGAAAACAAAGGAAAGGCUCCAAUGUUAAUCUCCAUGAUUGACUCGGCUAGAUCUGCCGGCGUAGACGUUACACUAGAUACCUACCCUUACUUACCUGGAUGUACAACCCUAUCUGCUCUGUUACCCAGCUGGGCAAGCUCUGGAGGACCGACCGAAACCCUCAAGCGACUGCAGGAUGAGAUCUCGAGAGAGAAGAUUAGGAGGGCAGUGGAAGAGACGGGAUGUGAUGGUGGCCAUGGGAUACCGACGAAUUGGGAUGAGAUCCAGAUCGGGUCGACAAAUCACCCCUCGAUCAAACAUUAUUCUGGUCGACGAGUAUCAGAAGUAGCUAAAUCAGUCAACCAACUUCCCAUCCAAGUAUUCUUCGACGUCUUGAUUAAAGAUCGAUUGGCUACGAGCUGUCUGAUGCAUAUUGGUAACGAGGAGAACGUUCGAGAGAUCAUGUGCCAUCAUACACAUUGUUCAGGGAGUGAUGCCAUCUUGCAUGGUAAAGGAACUCAUCCCAGGGCAUAUGGAACUUUCCCCAGAUUCUUAGGUCACUAUUCUCGGGAACUCGGCCUCAUCCCCUUGAACGAGAUGAUCUCCCACCUGACGUCUCGACCUGCCAAACGAAUUGGUAUAUACCCCCAUCGAGGACUUAUCGCAGAAGGAUCAGCCGCAGAUUUGGUAUUAUUCGAUCCGAAGACGAUAAAAGAUAAGGCUACGUUCGAGGAGCCGAAGCAGCGAGCAGAGGGGAUACGAUUCGUGUUGGUGAAUGGGCAGAUAGCGAUGGAUGAGGGUGUAUUGAAUGGAGGUAGGGGUGGGAAAGUGUUGAGAAGGAGAGAUGAUGGAGUAGUAUGCUAG